CACUGGCUUGACCGCGCACGCGCCCUAGGCCGCUGGUGGUCUCGCGCAUGCGCGCUACCAGCGCCCCGCCCCGGCGCAGGCGCAGUACGAGAGUCUCGACUCCGGCACAGGCGCAAUGCGGCGCUGGGCCCCGGCGCCUGCGUUUCGGGGUUGCUCCCGCCCCGCUUCCUCGGUUGCCUCCUCCGCCGGGCUCGGGUGGGGCGCGGAGGCGGCGGGUGACAGCCAUGUCGGACAGCGGGGCGAGCCGCCUGCGGAGGCAGCUGGAGUCGGGGGGCUUCGAGGCGCAGCUGUACGUGAAGCAGCUGUCGCAGCAGUCGGACGGCGACCGCGACCUGCAGGAGCACCGGCAGCGCGUGCAGGCGCUGGCGGAGGAGACGGCGCAGAACCUGAAGCGCAAUGUCUACCAGAACUACCGGCAGUUCAUCGAGACGGCGCGCGAGAUCUCGUACCUGGAGAGCGAGAUGUACCAGCUGAGCCACCUGCUGACGGAGCAGAAGAGCAAUCUGGAGAGCAUCCCGCUGGCGCUGCUGCCCGCCGCCGCCGCGGGCGCCUCCGCGGGUGAGGACACGGCGGGCGCGGGGCCGCGGGAGCGCGGGGCGGCCCAGGCAGGCUUCCUGCCCGGGCCGGCGGGGAUCGGGCGCGAGGGCCCCGGUGCGGUCGAGGAGGGCAAGCAACGGACGCUCACCACGCUGCUGGAGAAGGUGGAGGGCUGCAGGGACCUCCUGGAGACGCCAGGACAGUACCUGGUGUACAACGGCGACCUGGUGGAGUACGAGGCGGACCACAUGGCCCAGCUGCAGCGCGUGCACGGCUUCCUCAUGAACGACUGUCUGCUGGUGGCCACCUGGCUGCCGCAGCGGCGAGGCAUGUACCGCUACAAUGCGCUCUACCCACUGGACCGCCUGGCGGUGGUCAACGUCAAGGACAACCCGCCCAUGAAAGACAUGUUCAAGCUGCUCAUGUUCCCCGAGAGCCGCAUCUUCCAGGCGGAAAAUGCCAAGAUUAAACGAGAGUGGCUGGAAGUGCUGGAGGAAACCAAGAGGGCACUCAGCGACAAGAGGAGGCGGGAGCAGGAGGAGGCGGCGGCCCCUCGAGCGCCCCCGACGGUCGCGUCCAAGGGCGGCAACCCGUUUGAGGAUGAGGACGAGGAAGAACUGGCCACCCCUGAGGCGGAGGAGGAAAAGGUGGAGCUCUCCAUGGAGUGGAUCCAGGAGUUGCCCGAGGACCUGGAUGUCUGCAUCGCUCAGAGGGACUUUGAGGGAGCCGUGGACUUGCUGGACAAAUUAAAUCACUACCUGGAAGAUAAACCCAGCCCUCCUCCUGUGAAAGAGCUGAGGGCCAAAGUGGAUGAGCGCGUGCGACAGCUCACCGAGGUGCUUGUAUUUGAGCUCUCCCCGGACAGGUCGUUGAGAGGCGGCCCCAAGGCUACUCGGAGGGCAGUGUCGCAGCUCAUCCGGCUGGGCCAGUGUACCAAGGCUUGCGAGCUGUUUCUGAGGAACAGGGCAGCAGCUGUGCACACAGCCAUCCGCCAGCUUCGGAUAGAGGGCGCCACUCUGCUCUACAUUCACAAGCUGUGCCACGUCUUCUUUACCAGCCUCCUGGAGACCGCAAGGGAGUUUGAGACAGACUUUGCGGGCACGGACAGUGGCUGCUACUCUGCCUUUGUGGUCUGGGCAAGGUCUGCGAUGGGCAUGUUCGUGGAUGCUUUCAGCAAGCAGGUUUUUGACAGCAAGGAGAGCCUGUCCACCGCAGCUGAGUGUGUGAAGGUGGCCAAGGAGCACUGCCAGCAGCUGGGCGAGAUCGGGCUGGACCUCACCUUCAUCAUCCAUGCCCUGCUGGUCAAGGACAUCCAGGGCGCCUUGCACAGUUACAAGGAGAUUAUCAUUGAAGCCACCAAGCACCGGAACUCAGAAGAGAUGUGGCGCCGGAUGAACCUGAUGACCCCGGAAGCCCUGGGCAAGCUCCGGGAGGAGAUGAGAGGGUGCGGGGUGGGGAACUUUGAGCAGUACACUGGGGACGACUGCUGGGUGAACCUGAGCUACACGGUGGUGGCCUUCACCAAGCAGACCAUGGGCUUCCUGGAGGAGGCGCUGAAGCUGUACUUCCCCGAGCUCCACAUGGUGCUCCUGGAGAGCCUGGUGGAAGUCAUCCUGGUGGCUGUGCAGCACGUGGACUACAGCCUGCGGUGCGAGCAGGACCCCGAGAAGAAGGCCUUCAUCCGGCAGAACGCAUCCUUUCUUUACGAAACUGUCCUCCCGGUGGUGGAGAGGAGGUUCGAGGACGGUGUGGGGAAGCCCGCCAAGCAGCUGCAGGACCUCCGGAAUGCGUCCAGACUCCUGCGAGUGAACCCUGAGAGCACCACUUCUGUGGUCUAAGGUUGGGGCGAUGCGUGCGUGCAUCUGUGUAUGUGUGUGUGCUCUGCAGAUGCAUUAUUUGUACUUACGUUACACUCAUCAGCACAUUCUCCAGAGACACAAACAGCAUGUAAAUGUCCCCUCUUAAAAAUACAGUCAGAAGGAGAAGUAUAAGUAUGUGUCAUCCCCCACAAACACUGGAACUACCAGAGCGUACACCGUGCUUCUAUGUUAACUCUUUAAGGACUGCUGGGUCACACCAUGGCAUUUCAGAUUACCCUCUCACUUGAAAUACACUGCUCACCAUGGGAAUGCCCUUGUGUGCUGCCUAGAGAAAUCAUGUGAAGCAUCCCGGCUCAGCAAAAUAGUCAGCACUGUGCAAUACGCCUGCUUCAUGGUCUCCUUAAACCAACCGAUUUGGAAAGAAAUGAGUUGGGAACAUUGGUUUGGGAUGAAUUUGAAUAAGUGGGUGCCAGAUGCCUCAGUGUAUUCUGUGGACGGAAGCCUUCCUAAAACAAUUGCAGGCAUCCAAAGGUCACUGGAAGGCAGCAUAGUCCACGCUGCUCAGCGCUGCAGUGUUUAGCUUGGAUGGGUCUUUUUUGGGAAUCACGAGGACUACAAUGAGUGGGUUUACUGCUGCAACACUUCUUGCCAUUGUCAGGAAGUGGGAAUCACUUAGCAGUAGGCAGUAACUCCAGGCCCCUCAGCACCAGCCUGGGUUAGGAGCCGAUGAGACUUCAAAUGCAGAACUCUAUAUUUGAAUAAUUUCUGGGAGUUCAGGGUCUCUGGAGAUUUGUUCCUGGUUAUUUUUGUUUUCUUGAGCUAGUUUCAGCCCAGGCUGGUCUUGUCCAAGGGUGACCUUGAAUUUCUAAUCCUGACUGCACUUCUCAAGGGCAGGGAUUACAGAUGGCCACUGUGCUCAUUUCUGCUGUGUUGGGGAAUAACCCAGGACUUUGUGCAUAUUAGGCAAACCCUUUCCGCUGAUGCACACCCGCUGCCCUGAUGAUGUCUGUUUUGCAACUUUUUUGUAACUUAGUGGAGACUUGAAGGGAGAUGGAAGAUACCUUAAGUGCAGGGAAAGAACCGUGUUCUAUUAAAAAAAACGAGUCAGGCAUGCUGGUGCACACUUUUAAUCACAGCAUUUGGGAGAAGCAGCAGGUAGAUCUCUGAGUUCAAGGCCAGCCUGGUCAAAAGGUGAAUUGCAGAACAGCCAGAGCUCUGUAGAGAAACCCUGCCCCAAAAACAACUUUUUUGUUUUUUGAGACAGGGUUUCUCUGUGUAGUCCUGGCAAUCCUAAAUCUGCUUUGUAGACUAGACUGGCCUUGAAUUCACAGAUCCACCUGCCUCUGCUCCCCUAGUGCUGGGAUUGGGAGCACUCCACCACGCCUGGGCAAAAAAACAACUCUUCAAAGAUUCCUGACUGUAAUAUGUAUUUCAGCUUGUUUGGUAAAGGGAAGGUGGGCAGGUGGGAGGUCCUAAGGUUUCCAAACUAUUCUGCUCUCUUCUGAUGAUCUAAAGUUCCACUCUUGGCAAGCGUUUGCUCAGAUCCAUUUCCCACUAGCUUCCAGCUGUGCUUUUUGUCCAGGAUGCCAUUUUUUUUUUUUUUUUCUUUUUUGGUUUUCUGAGACAGGAUUUCCCUAUGUAGUAUUGGCUAUCCUGGACUCUAUCUGUAGACCAGGCCGGCCUUGAACUCACAUCGAUCCACCUACCUCUGCCUCCCAAGUCCUAGGAUUAAAAGUGUGUGCCACCACACCCAGUUUCUAUGCCAUGUUUUUAUACCCAUUGGUUCUAAAGAUUAUUUUUGUCUGAAUAAAACAGGUAGUAUUAAAGCAUAAAAUUAUGUAAAGUCCUAAAUGGUUUCUGCCGUGAAUGCAAGGCUGUAAAACUCCUUGGCUUAGUUGACUCAAUUCGGGCAUCAUUUUUUUUUCCUGUCUUUUGUUUUUUUUAGCUCUACACACUUAAGGAGGAAAUCACUGAAAUCACCAUUGCAGGUUUCUACUGAUUUUUUUCUAAGUUAGGAUUUUUCUUUUCUUUUUUUUUCUCUUUUUUGUGGCAGGUCUCUUUAUGUAGACACUGGUCUCAUCCUCUCACCUCUGCCUCUCAAGGGCUGGGAUUAUAGGCUUGCACCACUAUUCCUGGCUGUGUUAGGAUUUUCUAUGUGACCUUAACUGGAUGUUCCAGCCAAACACAGAUACUAAUUUGUCUUAAGAUCACUGGAAACUUGAAUUUCAUAGAACUGUGUGGUUGUGAUUAUUUGGUGCCAUUUUAUAAGAAUGCCAGUGUGUCCCCAUAUUAGAAUAAAUGGAACUUACAAUAAUAAUCUUCCAUGUUAUAAUCUUACGGAAAUGGAAGUAGAGAACUUUAUUCUGCUAAGAAUGGGCUAAGGUAGCUGAGGGAAUAGUCUGGGGGAUGUGUACAAGCUGACUGGAUCCCCCUCAAGUGCCAGACACCUGCUGUAGUUGACUGUCCCCUUCAGAUGGGGUCAGGGCCGACUCCCAUGCUUCAUCAGACUCCAAGCAAGUUCUGAAGCUUGCAGCACUGUCCAGCGCAGUGGUAGUUCCAUGCAUAGCAGCAUCCUAAGUCAACAUUAAUCAUCUUUUCUUGUUUGCGUCAAAACUAGCUACACAGACCAGCUAUCGUGGACUGGACUGAUGACGCUUGGAAACUUGAUCUCGGAGAGCCUCCUGUCACUAAGUGCUCAAAGUCAUUUUUGUUCAGGCUGCUACCUGUCAAUAGAUUACCGGCAGUUUGAUCUUGCACCUUAGUGUCUUAGCCAAGAUUGGGAGCUGGGCUUGCUGUAGAUGAAAGCAUUGCUGUAGAUGAAAGCAUCGCUGUAUACUUUGAUAGAUAAGUCCUUUAAACUGCCUGAGAAAAUAAAGCUUUAUAGUGUUCUCAACUGGAUAGAACUCAUUGCUUAUAACAUUUUGUCUGUUUAUUGUUUAUUUUCUCAUUUGAGACAGGGUCUCUGUAGCCUAGGCUGCCUUAGAACUCUGUGGACACCAGUCCCCCAUUGAACUCAGAACAUUUGCCUCUGAGUAAAGGGCUUAUACUCAGCUCUUUUUCUUUGAGACAGGGUUUCUCUGUGUAGCCUUGGCUGUCCUGGAACUUACUCUGUAGACCAGACUAAUCUCAAACUCAGAGAGAUUCCCCUGCCUUUGCCUUCUGAGUGCUGAGCUAUAAACCACCACUGCUGGCAUCUCAUUUAUCUUUCCUCACCAUUUUUAUGUUCUUUUAUUUAUGUGGGGAGGACAGCUAUUAGAAGAUUUUAAGUGUUUGCUGUCAGAAUUGUGAAUGAGCAAAGUUUCCUGAAGUCCUGAGGGCGCGGGGACCAAACCUAGGCCUUGCUUACGCGAGGUAAGGACACGAAGCAGCAACCCAGGCCCUGGAAGCACAGUGGUCUGUUUUGUUUUUAAGAAAAUCCUUCACUGGGAAAUGACAGAUGUGCAAGGUAAGAAUCCUUCUUUGCUUUGUUUUUCCAGACAGCGUUUCCUUUUGUACUCUUGGCUGUUCUGCCUUGAACACUGGCCUUGAACUCAGAGAUCUGCCUGUGUCUGCCUCCCCAAGUGCUGGGAUUAAAGGCCUGUGCCACCAUGCCCACCUCAAGGAAAUAAGUCUAAAAGCCAAAUUCAUGCCACCUGCAGAUCACUGAGGCAAAUAUCACACCAGUGGGUAGAAGAUACAGAAGCCACUAUGCAGUUAAAAGGAUCAAACGCUGUGCUUUACCCUGUCUGCCCUCCAAUGUUUAUAACAGGAUAAAGU